GUGAACCAGCUCUUUCUUUUUACUUCCCUUUGGUUCCAAACAAGCAGCAAAAUGUCGAAGAGAGGACGUGGUGGUACCGCGGGAGGAAAAUUCCGCAUCUCAUUGGGUUUGCCCGUUGGCGCUGUUAUGAAUUGCGCCGAUAACACAGGUGCCAAAAACUUGUAUGUCAUUGCUGUCCAUGGCAUUCGCGGUCGCCUGAACCGUCUGCCAGCUGCUGGCGUUGGUGACAUGUUCGUGGCCACAGUUAAGAAGGGCAAGCCAGAGUUGAGAAAGAAGGUUAUGCCUGCUGUAGUAAUUCGGCAGCGCAAGCCGUUCAGAAGGAGGGAUGGCGUUUUUAUAUACUUUGAGGACAAUGCCGGGGUCAUUGUGAACAAUAAAGGAGAAAUGAAGGGCUCGGCCAUAACCGGGCCCGUUGCUAAGGAAUGCGCUGAUCUGUGGCCCCGUAUCGCAUCGAAUGCAAGCUCUAUUGCCUAAGCAGUUUCCCUUUCAAUAAAACAAACAACGGAACACAAGAUGUUUAAAUAAGAA